AUGGUAUUUUGUCAUCUCUCUGUUCCCAAGUUGGAGGGUGGGAACUUAGUUGAGGAAAUUAAGAGAGGUAUAGCAGUGUGGAGUGGCACAAUAAUUUUUGGAAGAAGAAUUGGUGGGGGCCAUGUGACUGAUGCGCGCACAGCAAUACGAGGACACCCUUUUGGUGGCCUUUGCUGUGAGCAAAAGACUUAUGAUACGAAUGAAAGUGCGCCUUGGCUUGUGAAUUGCGAUGAGAGAGAGCUCUUUACAACUUUUGGCCGCCCCAAUUGUGUAACACUCAAAUGGCAAAGUAAAGAUUGUUCUAGGCCAUUCAUAGCACCACGUUGUUUCAGAUUUCAGAUAUCAGAUCAUGCCCUACAUCUACAUGGUGGUGACCCAACAAUGUAUGAAAGGUUUUGGCGACAAAUGGGCGACAAGACCACAAUCACAAUUCCAGGAUGGCAGUCCAUGAGUUAUUUAUCUGAUACCUCAAAAAUUUGCUGGUUUUUGGAGCCUGAGUUUGGAACGGAAGUAGUGCGGUUGCACAAAGUGGUGGGCAAUGCCGUGGUAGAAGGUCGCUAUAUUGUUGUUGGGACAGGUUCCUCUCAGCUAAUUCUGGCUGCCCUUUAUGCUCUGUCCUCGCCUGAUGCUGCUGAACCAAUCAGCGUGGUAUCUGCCGCGCCAUAUUACUCGUCGUACCCGUCAAUGGCAGAUUACCAGAAAUCAGGCCUUUACCAAUGGGCUGGUGAUGCAGAGAAAUUUAACAAAGAGGGUCCUUACAUUGAGCUGGUUACUUCUCCCAAUAACCCUGAUGGAUAUAGAAGGCAAUCAAUGGUGAACCGAAGCCAGGGGCUAUUGAUUCAUGACCUUGCCUAUUAUUGGCCCCAAUACACUCCAAUAUCAUCCCCUUCAGAUCAUGAUCUCACGCUUUUCACUGUCUCAAAAAGCACUGGUCAUGCAGGAAUGCGCAUAGGGUGGGCUCUUGUGAAAGACAAAGAGGUAGCAAAGAAAAUGACUAAAUUCAUUGAGCUAAAUACAAUCGGUGUCUCGAAGGAUUCUCAGCUCAGAGCUGCCAAGGUUUUAAAGGCAGUAUCUGACAGCUGUGAAGAAGAAAAGCAGAAAGAUGGGGAAUCAUUUUUCAAGUACAGCUACAACCUCAUGGCACAAAGGUGGAAGCAACUGAGGGAAGUAGUUGAGGCCGGUGAUAUGUUCAGUUUGCCCCAAUUUUCUCCCGCAUUCUGCAACUUCUUUGGUAAGGUGACGGAGCCUCAACCAGCUUUCGUGUGGCUGAAGUGCGAGAAAGACGUUGAGGACUGCGAGACCUUCCUUCGUGGACACAAAAUUAUCACAAGAAGUGGGAUACAGUUUGGGGCUAGCCCAAAAUAUGUAAGAAUUAGCUUGUUGGACACAGAUGAAACUUUUAUACAGUUAAUAGAGAGACUAUCAGCCAUACAUGAGCGAGAAUGA